AUGGACGUAAAUUCGUACUUGGUGAUAUUUUGUGUUGGUAUAGGAUUUGGAGGGUAUGUAUUGGUAUCAUCAUCAGAUUCUCAAGAUAUGGAAUAUAAGGUGAACAUAGGUGUGAUAACGGAUUGUUCUAACACGUCACGUGGAAAUGGAUGUGAUGAACGAGCGGAAACUAUACAUGUUAACAACACGACAUUCACCUUCAACUUACUUAGGAUCCAUAUCGCCACGUCGGAGAUAUAUGACGUCACUCAAGCAAUUAAGCGAUCCCGUGAAAACGUUGACUUCUACCUGGUAUUAAGUAUUCCACCACCGAUGUCGCCAACUUUAGGUAUCCUACAACGACUAGGCAUCCCGUAUAUGCGGAUGUGUGUCCUACUGACGUCAGAUAACCGACAAACCAUCUGCCUACCGAAACAUGGAGAGAAUCUUUAUUUGCAAAAGAAUACCUUAUAUCUCAAGAAUGCAACAGAAACCAGCGAUCUAACACCGAGAGGUUGUCACGACAAAACGUGCGACACCGGUCCAAACCAACCGACCGAUGACGUGGCACAUAACUUACACGGAAGUGACGUUUAUUCAGCCGACAAUUACUUGUCACGCAUUGUGACGUCAUUAGUGUCAGCAGAAAAAUGGGAACAUGUCCUCAUAUUUUAUGAAGCUGUCUUUGGAAACGACAUGGGAUCCUUAUUUGACGCCUUUUCAAAGAUCGGUCUAAUCGCAAGGAGUACUCAUGUGAUUGACAGGCUAUCAGAAGAUGAAUUCAUUCGCAUAUUUGACAAAUCUUCUGAAGUCGGGAAACAAGAACCUUUCCAAAUUGCCGUGCUGUGCAAAAACAUGUGUUCAAAACUUUUGAAAGCGAUUACAGUUUACGAUCUUCAGAAGAAGGGAACAAAAGCGGUAUACUAUUUUACCGAGAUAUUAGUAGUAUCCAUGGCCUCAUCAGAUACAUUUUACCAGGAACUAAACGUUUCUACGUUUAAUAACAUAGCCGUUGUCACACUACCUUUGUGGGUGUCAAGUAAAAAUGAGCACAACAUAGACUGUACUGAAGGACAUUCUUCAAUAAUGCAGUACCUACACACAGCAUUAGAAGCAACGACGCUUGGGAACUCUAAUGAAAUGACUACUGUUCCAAACAUUCUCCUGGACCAGAUGGAAAUGUACCAAGUGUCUCUGGCGUCGCUGUGGUUCCCGGUGGAGACUUUGAUAUGGGACAGAGAUGGUAGGAGCUUACGCCGUGUUGGGCUGAUUCACCUCACUGGAGAACGCAAAUUAUCUGGGUCAUUAUUUCCCAACAAGGAUUUCGGAUUUAAUGGCCGCCAGCUACUGGUGUCAUCACUAGCGUUUUACCCGUUUGUCGAAAACGUCGGAAACGACUCCUAUGACGGUUUGUGUUUCGAUAUUCUACGACAGUUAGCUGUGGACAUGAACUUCACUUAUAGACUGACUACAUCACCCGAUCUUGAGUGGGGAGUGACAGACGAUCAAGGUCAUUGGUCAGGACUUAUUGGACAACUGCAACGGAAC